GCGCGCGGACGUUCGGGAACGCGCAGGUGCAGCGGCGGCGGCGGCCCCGGUUCGGGCCCCGGGGAGCUGAGCAAGCGGUACGGCCGCAGGAGCAGUGGGAGUCGGCGGCCUGAGCCGGGCCCUGCGACCGGGGGCCUGCCGGGCGAUGUUUCUGCUAUCGUCCACACUCCCUCGAGGUGAGCUGUACCUAAGAUGCAAAGGUUGCCUCUGCACUGUUUCAGGUCUCUGCUGCCAAGGAGGAAGGGCUUUCUGCUGCUAGAGAGACUGACUCACUUUGGCCUGAGCUGCUUCCUUCGUUUCUUCCACCUGGCCUGCUGCUGUGCUGUCCCCUGCCCUCUGCCGAGCUGGGGUAUGAUGUACGCAGCCCAUUACCACGCCUGCAAGUCGCAAAACACCUGGGCCGCAUAUUUGGAACACCUCCCUCACCUGCACCAGGGAAGGCACAAUGGACACAAGCAAAACCGCCAUCAUCACCACCACCACCACCAUCACCGCAUCAAGAAAAAAACCUGGAACUUCAUCCAUGAGAAGAUGAGCUACGACACAUUCUUCACCAUGAAGCGGCUGAUCGACCGCUCACGGACUGUGGGUGAGGUGUUACGCUGGGUGACGCAGAACCCUGGAAAGAUCUCCUACAACCAUUACCCUAUUGCUCUGCAGAAGAUUGGCCAGGUCCUGCAGCAGCGAACUGGAGGGGCCAAUGAGGAGACCAUCCACAGCCAAAUGUUGGAACUGGAGGAGUUCCAGACACUUUGUAACUCCAUUGUGGCAGACUGCUCCAAGUUCGACAAUUUCAGUAUUGUGAACUGUCUGUAUGCAGUUGCUGCUUUGGGUCUUCCCAGUGAUUCCAAGAUUGUUCAGGUCCUGGAGGAGGAGUCGCGAGUCCGGCUCACUCAGUUCAACCAGAAAGAUGUCUCCAUGGUUUUCAGCAGUGUCAUGAAACUGCAUCGGUCCACACAGCACCCGCUAGUUGAGAGCUGCCUCGCUGGCUUGGAGAAGAACAUUGAGAAGGAGCGUCAUCCCCAGACUCUUUUCCUUUUGCUCUCUUACUACAAAUUAAAGUCACAGGCACUGCAGUCUGACUCGUACACUAGUGAACAGCUUCUCAACAACCGCAAGAUUCUGCGGCUGGUCAAGCACACGCUGGGGCACGUUGCCAAUGUGAGGGACCAUGAGAUGACCCUGCUGGAUGAGAUGCUCGCCACAUGUUGUCGGGAGGCCAGCAAUAAGUCACUGGAACUGAUCUUCAGCUCUCAUAUCUUCUAUGAAAAUAGGCAGGAAAAAUUCAUCAGCAGCCUGGCAGAGGAACUUCCUAAAAAGGUGGACAGCAUCACCCCUUAUACCAUGGCCCUGAUUGCAAAAUAUAUUGCCCGUCAUCGACUGCGUGAGGGCAAACUUCUGGACACGAUUGCAGAGUUCCUAAUCAAAAAGGGUGACUACCUGGACAGUAAGGUAAUUCAGAAAUUGGUUUUUCCAUUCAGUCGGAUGAACUACAAACCUACCAAUGCAACCAAGUUCUUUGAAAAGCUAGAAUCGGUGCUGGAGGUCAAGGCUAUGAACUCACCCCUGGCCACUGUCAACAUCUUUAUGUCUAUGUUCCAGCUCGGCCAUUUCCCUGGAGCAAUACUUGACCGCAUCUUCUCAGCUGCAUUCGUCAAUAAUGUGAUGAAUAGUCCCUACGGGUUGAUAGUGCGCCGGUAUCUGUCCCUGCUGGAUGCUGCCAUUGAGCUGGAGUACCGUGACUAUAAGGGUCCACGAUUGGAGGACAGGUACAAGGUUAUGAUGUUUGACCGUGUGCUGACUGCAGAUGAGGUCAACAGGAAGUACAGUUACAAAGGCCUGGUGGCAGAAGCUUUGAGGCAGCUGCUUGGUGAUCAAUGUUACAAACAGGAUGAGGUUCUUCCCCCAGGAUAUUAUACAGACUUCUUGCUGUGGAUAAAUGACUCUGGCACUGUCCUUCAUAUUAAUGGGACCACUCCCAGUGCUGGCACUCCUCUCUGCCCCUCCAUCCCAAGUACAAAAGGCACCGAGAAGCCCAGUGUCCUCCACUCUCAGCCUGACAUCUCCUCCCUGACCUCUGACUUCCAGAAGUUCUCGCCCUUUUGUCACAAUGAUGUGACGCCCAAGGAGAAGAGAGAUGGCGAUUGUGCAGUUGAAGUGGAUUUUCUCAGUCGCUCUCGGCCCCCAGGGAGUGGUGGAUCUUCCGAUGCAGCCUCCAUCUUAACAGGUUCCACAAUGGAGUACACUUACUACUCACCUUCGAACUACUACAAUAGCCUGACUAAGGAGCAGUCGCUUGAGAGUCAGGAGAGUUCCACACUUAGCAGCCCUUCUGAUUGCUUGAACCAGGCACCUAACACCACAGGUUGCUCACCCGUCAUGAACUCCAAUUCCCUUUUUCAGUUCCCCAUCGGAAAGAUCCUGAAUGAGGACACAGAGACAGCUCCCCAGAGCCAAGAGCACAAUCUCUUCAGAACAGAGCAGUCUGCUUCAAGUUUCUAUGACAGCCACCACUAUCCUGAGAGCCAGAGCAGGGUAGUACAGGGGGAGCUCGUGAGCCCAGUGCCUCCAUCUCUACAACUCUCCAGCCCACUGCUGACUGACAAAGAGAGGUGCCGAGACAACGAUCAAGUGAACAGGAUUGUGAUGUCGGUGAAUGACAAAUGGCAUUACUGCCACAACUCGGACGUGUUGGUGGGAUCUCGGGCAAUGCGGGAUCGACACCUGCGCUUACUAGGAUAUACCGUUUUGCAGCUGCCUUACCAUGAGCUGGAAAAGCUGAAUGGGAUCGAGGAAGUUAAACAGUAUUUACAAAAGAGACUCCUGGACGUGCAGUUAUGACGAUCAAAGACUAGAUACUUUUGUACCUCCUCCCGUUUGUACUUGGAGAGUCAGCAGCGGCCUCCGCUGGCAAUCAGACCUCGGCAGAUUGUAGCGCCGAUCCUGUUGGGAAUUCUGGAAUUGCUCUGAUUAUUUCUUUCCCCCUUCCCUUUUUCCUUUGGAGUGUAGCGAGUGUGUCUCCUGGUUUUAUUGUUUUUAUUUGCUUUUUGUGUGUUCACAUGCUAACUACUGCCACAUGUCUUGCACCAUCUCUGGAGACGGUAGACUGUAAGCAAUGAGCUACUGGAUAUUUUCACAGGAAGUUUCACAAAAGGUCAGUCUUUGUGGAGUUUGAACUGAGUGUUCACUAGCCCUUGUGGAGUGAAUGCUAACCACCCCAUCGUUUGCCUCUCACUACCUUCCAAAGUUGAAGGAAGUGAGGGGUUUUGGGUUUCCCUCUCUGACUGAGGGGGAGGCACAGGUGGGGUCUCCAGACAUACCAUGGGUAAAGUAAACUGUUCUCAAUGCUCCAACUCCCCCAACAGACAGCCCGAGGCCUCUGAGUAUAGUGAGAGGUUCCCCCUCCCACCCCAGAUCUGGCUGGCAGGGGUAGAGAGCAGCACUGAACAGUUGUGUGGGUACCUCCGCUCCAACUUGUGUCGUUGGCCACUGGACUUUGCAAGAUCUAAUGAUCACAGAGCCCUGUUUAUUAACUAACACCUCGGGGGUCAGUGCUCCCACAGUGUCAAUGGAGAGGCAUUUCCAGGAUUUGGACUCACUUUAUGGUGUAGCUAUUUGCCUGCACUCCUAAUCAACACAGGGCCAAGUGAGGAAGGGGGCUGCUGUUGAAAGAGCCCUGGGGUGUUGCUUUGGUGUGUGUUGUGUGUUCACUACCACCGUCGAGGGCCAGAGGUGCAGGGAGUGUUUUAUAAGGCUGCUAGCUGUGAGGAGGCAAAUGAGCUCGAACUCACAGGCCUGCCUGCCCACUGCAUUCACUUUAACCACUCUUUACUUUUGCAUGAUGUAAAUUUAAUUUAACCAUUUGAGGAUUUUAUACGGUAUUCUUAGUGGGGGGUUAGUGAAAAGGGUUUCCUAUCAUUGUCCCCUUAGAGAUUUCCAACUGCUCUGUGAAGGGGUGUAGGAUAGGAGUGGGCAUAGUUCUCUUUGGUUGAUGGACUGAGGACACUGUUGACUAUUCAUAGUCAGGUGAGGAGAGAGAGGAAGCAGUAAAAAGCUGCCCUCCACCUGCUGGUAAUUGUGAGAGUUGAAUUAAUUGCACAGUCCUUGAAGUGGGUUCAUCUCGCUGGGUGUGUUUGACUGUAGUUCAAUGGUAAUUGUCUGUUAGUGUGUGGGUUGUAGGUAGAUGGUGUGCAGAAUGCAAGUCUUUAAUCCCAGCUGGGUAGGGAUGUGGGAUUGAUGAAGAGAAGGGGCAGAGGUUUAGUACUUUAAAUUUGGUUAGGUUUUGAAUGGUGGGUUUGGGGGUCAAUGGGAUUGUGGGUUUAAUAUGUGAAUGAAUGAGGAAUUGCUGAAAUUCUGACACGUCCAUCAGCAUCAGGGUGGUGUGUGUGUGUUGAAGUCAAAUAGGAUUUUUAAAAUAAUCUUCGUGUGUUUGUAGGGUUGCUACGAGGUUGGGGUGUGGUGCUGGAUAUGUUUACCACAAGAAGAUAUAUUCAUGAGCUAGAGUCCCAAACACUUACAAAUCUGGUUGGUAAUUUACCAUGGCUGUAGCAGUCCAAGGAGGAGUUUUGGAAGGGAUUAUAAAAUACCUGGGAAUAAAUUUAAAAAACAAGGGAAAUACUCUCACUUUGUCUGUGUCUCAUAUCAUUGCAACAUUUCUUGGUAUUUUGAAUGUUGUGGUCUGUGAGGAGUGGAUUGGUGGGGGUGGCCUUCAUUUUGGCAUGGGAGGGUAUGACUAAUUGUCUCAGUUGUCCUGAGAGCACUGGGGGUUAUUGGCACAUAUGGAACGUUGUCACAUUCUGGCCAGGAUAGACAGGUCAAGGAGACUGUUUUCUUUCUCUGAACACCAUUAUGUGUUUUUUUUCAAGGUCAGCUUGCAGAUUUCCCUGAGCAACACAUAACCUGCUGGAUGAGCUGUCAACAUUCCUUUUCUCACCCCUACCAGAGGCUGUUCAAUCUGCUGAGUUCUUCCAGCAGAUAGUUUGUUGCUGUAGAUUCCAACAUCUGCUAUCUUUUGUGUCUGCAGAUACCCAGAAUUCAGUUUUAUCUCAUCCCUGGUGGAAUUUCUGUCCAAGACCUUGGAGUUAUUAGAGUCAUGAAGCCUUUGCCUCUAUAAUGCAGUGAGAGGAUUACUCAGAGCAAUCACCACUGUCACUGGCAUGUGGUGCCAAUGUCCCACCCUCACACCAUAGGUAGUGAAGUGUCUUCAUCCAUUGGCAGCAUCAUUCAACCUAGGAUGAUAAGAGACAGCAGACAGCAGACACAAAAUGCUGGAGUUACUCAGCAAGCCAAGUAGCAUCUAUGGAAAAGAGUAAGCAGUUGACAUUUCAGUCCAAGAUGCCAACUCUUUUCCACAGAUGCUGCCUGGCCUGCUGAGCUUCUCCAGUAUUUGUAUGUUGCUUUGUAUUUCCAGCAUCUGCAGAUUUUCUCGUGCUUGAGACAAAGAGACAGAUCUGCUGCCGUGUACUGAUUUAACCUUUAAUACAAUCAUCACUAGAUACCCCAGCUCUCAACUCUUUGGGGCAAUUUUAUAAAAAUUAGUUCAUGAAACAUGGAAAACUGGUUUAUUAUUUUUAGGCUUUGUAACUCCAAAUUCUAAUCAAAACACAGGAGCACAUUUUUACUUCUUUACUUUAGUGGGGCGCACAUAUGAUGUGGUGGCGUUAUUACAUAUACCAUUCACAUACUUUUACAUGUAAUCGAUGAACAGCAAGGAUUGCUUGAUCAAACAAUAUAUUUACAAUAUUACUCGUAUUACUGAAAUAUUAAAUAUACAACACUCCUCUUUGCUUAGCUAUAAACUCCAGCUCAAUAAAGAAUGCAUAUACAGUAUACUGUAUAUUACAAUGACUAUAUAGACAUCCAAAACAUAGUAAAUUUUAAAUUGUCCCUUCAAGCCUAAAGAUUUAAUUCCAGUAGAGGAUUUCUUACUGUUGUGGGUUAACAUCUUUCCUGAGCUGGGGUGGGGAAGGAUGUGUCACUGCUUGGCAGGAGAAACGUGAUUGUGAUCUCAGGUACUGGGGCUUCCUCCAUGAUGGUUGCAGGAGUUGACUCUGGGACUGCAGGAAGUGGUUCUGACAGCUCUGGACUCUGCUUUCCUCAACUGAUCAAUGUAUUGCCUCCAGAUGACAUCAGAUGCAAUCUCCACUGUAUAGGAGAGGAGUCCUACUCUGUCCUCAAUCUUUCCAAGAAUCUACUUUGAUCACCUCUGUAAUCCCUCGCCAGGACCACUUGUAUAGGAGUGAACCAUCAAACCUCCUUGAGUCCUCAGUUUGUCUCAGCUGUUUGUCCUGUAAUCACCUUCUGAGAUUGGGUUUGAGAAGAUCCAAAUGUGAUUGUAAGAGAUAACCCAGGAACAGCAUAGCUGGUGACUUGUUAUUGUGGAGUGUGCUGCAUUUCGAUAUGCAAGGAGGAAUAGUGAGCUUCCAUGUAUUUCUGCUGACGUUGCACACAGUGCAUUCUUUAGAGCCUGGACCAACCUUUCUGCCAAGCCAUUUGUAGCUGGGUGGCAAUGGUGCAGAUGUAAGACAUAUUAUUCCAUUCAUUUUCA